UUAGACACAACCGAGCGGUCGAAGCGUAAGUGCGUGCGCAUCGUAUGCUCUCCGGCAUACUCUACAGAACUGCUGAUCACGUGAGUGCGUGCGUUGGUGCUUUUCCUGUGCGGGCAGAAGUGAGUCGCAGAGUUAGUACUUUGUCCCCAAAAGUGUUUGCAAAAAUGUGGAUUUUGAUUACGUUUUAAAAGAAAACAAAAUUUGCUACUACUAUCACGGUGAAUCGAUCAUCAACGAAAUACGUGUGCAAAAAAUAGUACGAAACAGUUCAGUUGCUGCGUUGUUUACGUUUCACGCUUUACGGUCCGUGACGAGGGAAGGAAAGAAAAUAACAAAUAAAACGUUACAAGUGCCGGAAAAGCUGUGUAAGGUUGGUGUUGCAUGCUUACAAUUCUGCCGUAGUAAGCCGUACCAGCUUGUGAGUGUUCAAGGCGCCAUUUCAACGGUUACUGUGCAGUUCCGGUGCGUGCAGUACAGAACGCAACAGCCGUGCACGAACGCUUGAAGUGGAGUUAGAACACGUUCGUUGUUUGUACAGUGGAAAGCAGGAAAGUUGUGACGAAUUCUAAACGAACGUGAUACGAACAAAUCGUACAACAUGCGGUGGCAAAUCGUGUUGCUUCUAGUGUCAGUGGCACUUGCUUCCGGUGAGAAGAAACUCGAGAAAAGGCCCACCAAGAAAGCUCACUCGCUGAAGCCGACCAAAACGCCCAAAUCCAUCAUCGAAGAGUUCACCGCCCUGCCACCGGCCGAUGUAGACUUCAUUAAGGAGCUGGACCGACAGUUCCGUGAGCACGGUAACAAGAUUCGCAUCAAGGUGGAACGCAGCAAUGCCACGGACGGCAAGAAUAUUAAGCGUACGAUUGACGGUGAUCUGGGAUACGGUCACUACAGCAAUCAGGCCGAUACGGGGUAUCAUUUUUCCAAGCCGAAAUACAUGAUCUACCCAUACUCGCAGCAUGACAUUCCGCCGGUCCGAUCGACACACAGUACGCACGAAACGGUGACCGAUAUUGAGAUAACGCCAUCGCACAGCUACGAGCUAAAACCGAUCGAAGAAGUAUAUCAGGCAUAUCCGACACAGCAAUACUCACAGGAGCAGCAACAGUACUAUCAACAUCAGUCAGCACAGCAACCGAAGCAGCUGUAUCACCAAGAAGACGAUACACCUGUAAUUGUGCUUAAAAUCCCUGGUCCUUCGAAGUAUGCCGCACAUUUGCAGGCUCUGUUGCAGCAAUAUAUCGAGAUACGUGCAGCUCAGCUGUACAAAGAACUGGAGGAACAGGAAUAUCAACAGCAACAGCAAUAUCAACAGCACCACCACCAUCAGCAGCAGCUUCAGCAUCAACAGCACUACGUACAAGAGCAGGAAGUGCAGGCCCAUUAUCACCACCAUCAGCAGCAGCAGCAGCAACAGCAACACGAGGUGCAACAGCACCAUGAACAUCACACUAAAACGAAAUACAGUCAACCGGAUCCAGUGUACCCAACGGAAAUAGCAUACGUUCCCAUGAUUCGUACUCAUCAAAAUACCUACGUACCGUUGCCGGAGCAAUACUAUGGUACACCGAAGAGUCCUUCUCCACGUCCAACGAAGCACCGUAAAACGACCGUCACUCCAACGCAUGUAACGUUCCACAGUACGGCUCAACCGGAGCCAGCCUACCACUAUCAAACGUAUCAUCCGGAACAUCAGCAGCACGCGCAAGUUCAUGAACAAGCUCAAGCACCGGAGCAUCAGCAGAUCCAGUACCAGUACGUUGCACAGCAACCCAGUGCACACGGAGACGAUCACGAAACACAGUACGUCUACGAGAAACCAUCGGUCAACUUUGUCACUCCACUGCCGGAAGCCGCUCACCAUUCCCAUGAAGAACACUAUCACCAGCAGCAACAGCACCAUCGUCAUCAACCUCCCCAGAAGUAUCCAAACUUUGCCGAGUAUCAUCACCACCAUCGACCACAACAGGAAGAGGAGUACCUUCCCGAGCCUAAGCUGGUCGAGAACUACCCGAGUCACAAACAUACGCGCGUUGUUUACAAAAGCCCCUCGCUAAAGACGGAACUGCAGCAAGAAGCCUUACCGCACGAUCACUACCAUCACCAUCAGCAGCAGCAAGAGGAAGUCGCCCAGCAUCAACAACAUCACCAGCAGCAACAGUACAUACUGCAAGAAGUGUAUCCAUCGCAAGCUUCCUACUUCGAGGACAAGUCGUUUGUGGAAUCGGCAGGUCCCCAGGUAACGACGGACCGGAGUGAAACAGCAUCGCCGCACUACAAUACCGAGCAGGUGGUGGCGAUCACACAGAAACCCAAGCGACUGUACAACUACCACGCACACACCUCCGGCCAUCACGGAUCGGGCUCUCGGGGAUCUCGCAUGACGGCCGGUGGCAGUCGAUCGAGAAGUAAUGGAUCGGGUAGUGCAAAGGCAUCCAGCAAGCGGGAUGCAGUCGGUUCUCCCGCACCCUACACAGAGGAGGAGUUCCGAAAGGUGAACAAGAUGGUGCAGCGCAUGAAGAAGAAGAGUCGCACUACGCCGGCAGAUGAUGCCGGGAUGAUGACCGUCACCGCAAAUCCCACUAGUCCGAGUCCGAGGAUGGUCGCUUAGGUCGCGUGUAGUUGUUAGCUGUUAGCCGAAUUAGUGAAGUUCUAGUGAAUUCUUUAUUUCCUUCGCAAUGCCGCUGUUAAAUUAGCGGACAGCUUUUGUUGUCCUCUCGCUUUUUCGCUUUCCGACCAAGGAGUAUUCAAAGGAUUAUUGUUUUUAUAUUUAAAUUAUUAGUCGUUUAUCGGUAGAUCGUUUCGUAAGCGCGCGAUGAAGAUGGAUGAAACGCAUGGGUAGAGAAUAAAGCGCCUAAAGUCAUGCAAUUUGCACGACAUAGUUGUCCUGAUAUUACGCCACAAAUGAAUAGACUGGCCUCCUUUUUGGAAAAGCAGUCAGGUGCUUCGUAAUAUUUGCUGCAAAUCAAUCAUGGCAGAUGCAAACAUCAAAGGGCAACAACACUUUAUCAGAUGAACAAAUAUGAAAAUAGAUUGAAAGACCAGAGUAAAUAGGAGGAGAAAACAAAACACUGUAUCUAUUGAAUUGUAAAUGAUCAAACAUACCAGUUAUUAAAUAAAUUAAAAAACAA